AGCGCUUUGAGGAGCGUGCCGGGCCGGGCUUCUGGGCGGGCAAGAUGGCGGCCGGAAGCGGUCCCGCGGCGCCGGAGAUUCCCCGCGGGCGGCGCCUGGUGUGCGUGGAGUUCCCGGGCGUCGUGCGCGACCCCGAGAAGGCGCUGCUCUCGCUCGGAGGGGAGGAAGCCCUCGCCCGGGUGUAUGCGGACCCCAGUCGGCGGCUGGAGCUGUAUUUCCGCCCGAAGGACCCUUACUGCCACCCGGUUUGCGCCAACCGCUUCCCGGCCUCGUCCAUGUUGCUGCGCGUGAGGAGGAGGACCCGGCGGAAGCGGCCGGAGGAGGCCGUCUCCGUCCAGGUGGAGGUCCUGGGCAUCGUCAGCACCGUCUACAAGUUCCAAGGGAUGUCGGACUUCCAGUUCCUGGCGGCGCAGUCGUGCCCGGGGGCCCCCCCGCAGUCUCUCUACGACCGGGUGCGUCUCCUGCAGCCGGAGAAGGAGGCCUUCUUCAUGGGCCGCCUGCCCCUCUACAUCCCGCCCCCCAUCUUCUCCCGACUCGACACCCCCAUGGACUACUACUAUCGGCCCGAGACCCAGCACCGGGAAGGCUACCACCACCCGCCGCUGUCCAGCGAGAACCUGAUUGGCCUGAGCCGGGCCCGCCGGCCGCACAACGCCAUCUUUGUCACCUUCGAGGAGGAGGAGGUCCCCGCGAAGCCCCUCGAGGCCGCCCAGCACACCUGGAGGAGGGUCUGCAGCAACGCCCUGGACCACCGGGCCGAGGAGGAGCUCCGGGAACUCUUUGAGGUCCGCCCCGUUUGGUCCCGGAACGCCGUCAAGGCCAAUAUCAGCCUCCAUCCAGACAAGCUGAAGUUCCUCCUGCCCUAUUUGGCCUACUACAUGCUGACGGGCCCUUGGAGGAGCCUCUGGGUCCGCUUCGGCUACGACCCCCGGAAGCACCCGGAAGCAAAGGUCUACCAGGUCCUGGACUUCCGGAUUCGCUGCGGGAUGAAAUACGGUUAUGCCCCGAACGACAUGCCGGUGAAGGCCAAGCGGAGCACCUACAACUACAGCCUGCCCAUCACCUUGAAGAAGCCAGCCAGCCAUUCGGUCGGCAUCCAAGACCUCAAGCGAGGACUGAGCUCCGCCGGACCCUCCGGCGCACGGAAGCCGCCCUCCUGCAAGUACAAGCUGAAGGACUCCGUCUACAUCUUCCGCGAAGGCUCCCUCCCGCCCUACCGGCAGAUGUUCUACCAGCUGUGCGACCUGAGCGUGGAAUGGUGGGGCUCCCACCCCAAGCGCCUUCCUGCAGGAGAUUGUCCACCGGAACGACGGGGCCGAGGGGAGCGUCUGCUCGGAGCGCGACGGGUGGUGCCUCCCCCGGACCAGCGACGCCCUGCGAGACGCCAUGUCAAUCAUGAUCAAGCAGGUCAUCCGCGCCACGCGGCCCGCUCUCUUCACAAGCGCGGCUUCAUCGGCCGCCAAAGCAGAAGGCAAAGGGCCGCUGGCGUUUGAGUCCGGAGAAGAGGAAGAAGAAGAGGAAGAAGAAGAAGAGGAGGAAGAGGAGUUCAAGCCUUCGGACGGGAGCGAGAACGAGAUGGAAACGGAGAUCCUGGACUACGUCUGACGCCCAGGCCUUUCGGGCGCGGGAACGGACCCGUCUACACUGACCACACAGCCCAGUUCCUGGGUGCGGAUUAUCAGCAUUUUCCUCUUCCGUAUAUAUUUUGCAAUGGAUUCCUAUCAGUUACAGGUCAGCCGGUGGCUUUGCAAGGCGUCCUUGGCAUCCUUUUCUUCCCCAAACCCGUUGUUACCUAAACAAGCCUUGUCCUAUUAAAAGGAUCUUAAUCCAA